AUGAAUUCUUAUUUACAGAUUCUUCUUUCCGCGUUGGUAGCAGUGACACUAGCAGGCACCCUCCCCGAAAAAGUCAUCCCCAUUCUAAGCCAAGAAUCUGAAGCUAGCAUUAACGGAAAAUACAGUUCUUCCUUCGAAACCGGCAACGGUAUCAGAUCUGAAGAACAUGGAAAUUUGAAAAACGCUGGAGCUGAAAAUGCAGCGGAAGAAGUAGUUGGUAGAGUAGAAUACCAAUCACCUGAAGGCAUUCCAAUCUUCUUGGAGUAUGUCGCUAAUGAAUUUGGAUUCCAACCUAAAGGAGAUCAUCUUCCAGUAGCUCCCGUAGAUACUAACACCCCUCCACCAAUCCCACCAGAAAUUCAAAGAUCUUUAGAGUACAACGCUGCUCAUCCUGAAGAGAAUGAUUCUGAGCAACACCAGGCACAAGGCCAAUACAGGCCCUAG